CAGGGUACCCCUCGGCUGCAGCGGCUCCUGAGCUCAUGGAGCCUUCGGCAGCCCCAGGGGCCCAGACGGAGGUCCCAACUGGUAGCGGGGAGCCGUCCCGCGUGCCUCCAGACUACGAAGACGAGUUUCUCCGCUAUCUGUGGCGCGAUUAUCUGUACCCGAAGCAGUACGAGUGGGUCCUCAUCGCCGCCUACGUGGCCGUGUUCCUCGUGGCCCUGGUGGGCAACACUCUGGUCUGCCUGGCCGUGUGGCGGAAUCACCACAUGAGGACAGUCACCAACUACUUCAUUGUCAACCUGUCGCUGGCUGACGUGCUGGUGACGGCCAUCUGCCUGCCCGCUAGUCUACUAGUGGACAUCACCGAGUCCUGGCUCUUUGGCCACACCCUCUGCAAGGUCAUCCCCUAUCUACAGGCCGUGUCAGUGUCAGUGGCAGUACUGACUCUCAGCUUCAUUGCCCUGGACCGCUGGUAUGCCAUCUGCCACCCACUGUUGUUCAAGAGCACCGCCCGGCGUGCCCGUGGCUCCAUCCUGGGCAUCUGGGCCGUGUCGCUGGCUGUCAUGGUCCCGCAGGCUGCUGUCAUGGAAUGCAGCAGUGUGCUGCCUGAACUAGCCAACCGAACCCGGCUCUUCUCUGUCUGUGACGAACGCUGGGCAGAUGACCUGUACCCCAAGAUCUACCACAGUUGCUUCUUCAUUGUCACCUACCUGGCCCCACUGGGCCUCAUGGCCAUGGCCUAUUUCCAGAUCUUCCGCAAGCUCUGGGGCCGCCAGAUCCCAGGCACUACCUUGGCACUGGUACGGAACUGGAAGAGACCCUCAGACCAGCUGGAGGACCAGGGGCAGGGUCCCAGUGCACAGCCCCAGCCCCGGGCCCGCGCCUUCCUGGCGGAGGUGAAGCAGAUGCGGGCCCGGAGGAAGACAGCCAAAAUGCUGAUGGUGGUGCUGUUGGUCUUUGCCCUCUGCUACCUGCCCAUCAGUGUCCUCAAUGUCCUCAAAAGGGUGUUCGGGAUGUUCCGCCAAGCCAGCGACCGCGAAGCUGUGUACGCCUGCUUCACCUUCUCCCACUGGUUGGUGUAUGCCAACAGCGCCGCCAACCCCAUCAUCUACAACUUCCUCAGCGGUAAAUUCCGGGAGCAGUUUAAGGCCGCCUUCUCCUGCUGCCUGCCUGGCCUGGGUCCCUGCAGCUCUCUGAAGGCCCCCAGUCCCCGCUCUUCUGCCAGCCACAAGUCCUUGUCCUUGCAGAGCCGGUGCUCCGUCUCCAAAGUCUCCGAGCAUGUGGUGCUCACCAGCGUCACCACAGUGCUGCCGUGAGGGAGGGCUACCCUGGAGGCUCUGGGAGGCUCAGUGGGCCCUGCC